AUUCAGUCUAGCGUGUGGUAUGUGUAGGAUCGUUGUUACCUGGCCACUCCCCUGUCACUAGAAAGCUUUUACCUACUGAUUACAUUAGUCCUUUCAGCGAUUCUCUUUUCUACCUGUUAGUGGCAUCUUGACGUUUACUCAUAUCGAAAAAAAUUAAUACAAAGAUCUCUUACCACCUCUAAUAAAUCAACAAUCUGUUCGUAUUCAAGUGAGUUUAACGGUUCAUUUGACACCUGCUUGUGUUGCGGAAGAAAAAGCUAUUUUACUGCUGGCACCACAGAUACGAAGGAUAUGUUUACCAAUGUACAUUGAUUCAAAGGACCAAAAAUGCCUUACCAUAGGAGUAGUGUGCAUUCAAAUGGAUACUCUCCAGAUGGACACCAAGUUCGAGAUAGGGAGGAAAGCCCUACCUAUCUCAUGGAGCAUUUGGCAACAUUUACCGUCUCUAAAGAAACUGGUAUAGUGUAUCCAGCUGAUGGAAUGAGAAGACUUUUGCAGCUUGAAAAGACUAAUGGAAUAUGGUCCCAAAAAAUGCAGUUAAGAUUAGAAGAUAAUCUUGUACUGAUAAUAGAUAAUGAAACAGGAGAUGUUAUGGAAAAGUUUCCAUCUUCAUUAAUCCAAGAACCCACAGCUUUCACUAGCCAUGAUCCAAUGGAAAUUUACAACAAUAUUUUAGUUUUCAUAGUUGGUGAUGACCGUCAGCCUAACUCUCAUUCAGAGAUGCACAUUUUUCAAUGCCAAAUGAUAUCUGCUCAAGAAUUGGUAAAAGAUUUGAAACUACUGAGGGCCGGAAAAUCUUUAGGACAAAGAUCUAAUAGUAAUCAGAUCCCUCCUCCACCCCCAACUCCUCCUCCAGAACCUCCUCUGAAUGGUGUCAGUGUCAGAGAUCAAGUUAAUCAUUUCAAUCUUGUGUCACAACCUGAUGGAAGAGGAAACAGUGAUGUAGUUGGAUUAAAUCAUGAUGAUGAAAGCAGUUCUACAUCUAGUGAAAAGUAUGGAAGAGAUGUAACCACAUUAAAUCAUUGUUUUGAUGAUAUUGAAAAAUUUAUAGCACGAUUACAACAUUCUGCAGCUGCUUCUAGGGAAUUGGAACGAAGAAAAAAGAAUAGGAAAAACAAAAAAAAGGAUAUGGGUGAUGGUUUGCUGACAAUGAGAGCCAAACCUCCACCAGAAUUGGAGUUCAUCGACAUAUUCCAAAAGUUUAAGCUGUCAUUCAUUUUACUAGCCAAACUAAAACAUCAUAUACAUGAUCCUAAUGCUCCAGAACUAGUUCAUUUUUUAUUUACUCCAUUGGCUCUUAUAGUAGAUGCUUCACAUGAUACUAAGUAUGCUCCUAACUUACCAGCUAAAGUUGUAUCACCUCUGUUGACUCAAGAAGCUAUUAAUUUACUAAUGAAUUGUGUUACGAGCAAGGAAACAGAACUUUGGCACUCACUUGGGGAUGCUUGGUUAAUACCCAGAGAAAAGUGGAAAGGUAAAGUUCCUCCUUACCGACCUGUUUUUAUGGAUGGAUGGUCUCCUGAUUAUCCAGUUACAGAAGAAAUUGAAGACCGCAGAGACCUAGGACCUCUUAGCAACUCAGUUACUCCUACAGGAAAACCCAUACGAAUUGAUGAAACGUCUAUUCAGCAUGAGCCUGAAAUGAGAGAUGUUCAUUAUCAAAGAGAAAGAGAUAGAGAAAGAGAAGACUGUAGUAGUGAUUACUUUGAAUAUGAUCGACAGGUCCCGUCACCUACAGAACAAGCACGCUAUACAUUUGAUAGAAACUUUUUAUCCCGGAAUGAUCGAUAUAGUAGAGAAGAAAGAAUUGAUUCUCAAAGUCCAGGAGAUUCUGAAACUGGACCACCACCUCCUCCACGUAGUGAUAUAUCUGCUGACUCCAUAGAAAGAACUGGAGUCAGUCAUGGAGGAGUCAGUGAGAAAUUUGAACGUGCUCAAGCAAGGUGGUUAGAGGAAUUACGUAAUUCUGGAAGUAAAAUUGUACAAGUCACGUACCCACGUACAGCUAAUAAUGAUAAAGAGCUUAGUGUUAUCAGAGGAGAGUUCUUACAGGUUCUUGAUGAUUCUCGAAAAUGGUGGAAAGCAAGAAAUAGUAGGGGUGAAGUUGCACAUGUUCCUCAUACGAUAGUCACUAUUUAUCAACCCUCAGAAUCUGAAGUUUUUGGUUCCAGGGGGUAUUAUCCUUCACAGGAGGAUCGAGGAGGACGUUCAAAUAGUGGAGGAAUUCCUGCCCCUCCACCUGCACCUACGAAUCUUGUACAACCUGCACCUGCUGAAUGGGUUCGAAAAGAAAGACUUGCAUCGGAUUCGGACCAAGAAAGGAUGGUGGCCGAAUUAAAAGAUACCUUACUAACAAUAAAAACAAAAAGACCACCGAUAGUAAAACGGAAGACACUUGUUGCAAUUGAUGUGAUGUCAACACCCGAACAAGUAUCAUUAUGGUUGAAAGAAAAAGGAUUCAAUGAAAGGAUAUGUAAAUUCUUAAGUUCUAUGGAUGGGAAUCAAUUAUUCAUGUUGACCAUGGAGCAAUUGGAGAAAGUAUGUGGGCCACAGGAUGGAAAACGUCUUCACAAUCUUAUCAUACUGCAGCGUAAUAAAACUGGGUAUAAAACAACAAGGUCAUUGGAAUUGGCUGAAAAACUUGCAGUAAGAAGACAAAAAUCAGAAGUACAAGAUGGAUAGAUGGAACAAGAGUAAAAAAAUGGUAACUAAGAGUACUAUAGAAGACAACCAUGACUGUUAUACAGUAGAGAAAUCAUAAUUGAUAUGUAUGAUUACUUUCCAAGAAGAAAAUGUGAGAUUUUUAAGCAAUAAAAGAAAUUAUAAAUGAGAAACAAAUGGGGAGCAUGAAUUGACAACUAUUUUACUUUUUAAAUCGUAAACUUUAAAUUAUCGUCUAAAUGUAAAAUAAAUAUAAGCUCAACAGAAACUAUAUUUAUGAAAUAUAAAAU